AUGUCGCGGUUCGUCGACAAGCUGCCGUUCUUUGACCGGAGGUCGUCGCCGAUGGAGGAGGCCGGGGACAUCCCGCGCAACGGCCUCCUGCACAUGCACCACCACCAGCCGCACCACAGCGGCCUGCUCAUGCAGCCGCAGCCGUCGCCGCCCGCGAAGCAGUCGUCGUUCACGCUCGCGCAGCUGCUGAAGCGCGUCAACGAGGCGCGCAGCGACGCCUCGUCGCCCACGUCCUCGCCCACGCACUCGCACUACACCAUCGAGCUGGGCGGCUCCGUGCCGGGCUCCACAGGCAGCGACCUGAGCGAGCGCAUGCGCGGCGGCGGCGACCGCGGCAGCGACGGGCCGCUCCUGCCGUUCGUGCUCAAGUUCACGGACCUCACGUACAGCGUCAAGCAGCGGAAGAAGAGAACGUGCCUGCCGGCGCUGCCGUUCCGCCGCGGGGGCGGGGAGCCGGCCGAGCCCGAGGUGCCCCGGAUGAAGACGCUGCUGGAUAACAUAUCCGGCGAGGCACGGGAGGGCGAGAUCAUGGCGGUGCUCGGCGCCAGCGGCUCCGGCAAGAGCACGCUCAUCGACGCGUUCGCCAACCGCAUCGUCAAGGAGAGUCUCCACGGCUCCGUCACGCUCAACGGCGAGUCGCUCGACAGCAACCUGCUCAAGGUCAUCUCCGCAUACGUCAUGCAGGACGACCUCUUGUACCCGAUGCUCACCGUGGAGGAGACGCUCAUGUUCGCCGCCGAGUUCCGCUUGCCCCGCUCUCUGCCAACCAAAGAGAAGAGGAAGCGCGUGCAGGCGCUCAUCGACCAGCUCGGCCUGCGCAACGCGGCCAACACCAUCAUCGGCGACGAGGGCCACCGCGGCGUGUCCGGCGGGGAGCGCCGCCGCGUGUCCAUCGGCAUGGACAUCAUUCACGAUCCCAUCGUCCUGUUCCUUGACGAGCCCACCUCCGGGCUCGACUCCACCAGCGCGUUCAUGGUGGUCAAGGUGCUGCAGCGCAUCGCGCAGAGCGGCAGCGUGGUGGUCAUGUCCAUCCACCAGCCGAGCUACCGCAUCCUCGGCCUCCUCGACCGCCUCCUGUUCCUCUCCCGCGGCCAGACGGUGUACUACGGCACGCCACGCGCGCUGCCGUCCUUCUUCAACGACUUCGGCAAGCCCAUCCCUUUCAACGAGAACCCGACGGAGUUCGCGCUUGACCUCAUCAGGGAGCUGGAGACCAUGCCGGACGGGGCCAGGGACCUCGUGGAGCACAACAAGAAAUGGCAGACGCGCAUGGCUCCCAAGGCGAAGCACCACGACGGGCACGUCGAGAAGCCGUCGCUGUCCCUGAAGGAGGCCAUCAGAGCCAGCAUCUCUCGCGGGAAGCUCGUGUCAGGCGCGAGCGACGGAUCCGUGUCGGUGCAUUCGCCCGGGGAGUUGGCGGCGCCGGCGGCCCCGGUGUCGAAGUUCGCGAACCCGUUCUGGGUGGAGAUGGGCGUGCUCACCCGUCGCGCGUUCCUCAGCACGAAGCGCACGCCGGAGAUCUUCAUCAUCCGCCUAGCGGCCGUGAUGGUGACGGGGUUCAUCCUGGCGACCAUCUUCUGGCGCCUGGACGACUCCCCAAGGGGAGUCGAGGAGCGCCUGGGCUUCUUCGCCAUCGCCAUGUCCACCAUGUUCUACACCUGCUCCGACUCGCUCCCCGUGUUCCUCAACGAGCGCUACAUCUUCCUCCGGGAGACGGCCUACAACGCGUACCGGCGGUCCUCGUACGUGCUCUCCCACACCAUCGUCGGCUUCCCGUCGCUGAUCGUGCUCUCCUUCGCGUUCGCGCUCACCACGUUCUUCGCCGUGGGCCUGGCCGGCGGCGCCGACGGCUUCUUCUUCUUCGUGGCCAUCGUGCUGGCCUCCUUCUGGGCCGGCUCCGGGUUCGCGACGUUCCUCUCCGGCGUGGUGACGAACGUGAUGCUGGGUUUCCCCGUGGUGGUGUCGACGCUGGCCUACUUCCUCCUCUUCAGCGGCUUCUUCAUCAAUCGGGACCGCAUCCCGCGGUACUGGCUGUGGUUCCACUACCUGUCGCUGGUCAAGUAUCCGUACGAGGCGGUGAUGCAGAACGAGUUCAGCGACCCGACGCGGUGCUUCGUGCGGGGCGUGCAGAUGUUCGACAACACGCCGCUGGCGGCGCUGCCGGCGGUGCUCAAGGUGCGGGUGCUGCGCGCCAUGAGCCAGUCGCUGGGCGUGGACAUCGGCACGAACACGUGCAUCACGACGGGGCCAGACUUCCUACGGCAGCAGGCCGUGACGGACCUCACCAAGUGGGACUGCCUCUGGAUCACCGUCACCUGGGGGUUCCUCUUCCGCAUCCUCUUCUACAUCUCGCUGCUGCUCGGGAGCAGGAACAAGAGACGGUGA